AUGGCCUCUGUCGUCACAACGGGGCCCUUCCCCGAAGCUCCCUCAUUUGAGGGCAAACUGGCCGCAUUCGACUCUAUCCCUCUCUUCAUGAAGUCUCUCCCAGAAGGAGACAGCGACAACGCUGCGAUUUCCGCCCUUCAAGAUCUAGCUUACGACGGCACUCCGGAUGAGAUCGCGCAGAAUUUCAAGGACCAAGGCAAUGACUACUUCAAAGGCAGACGCUACCGCGAAGCCUUGGGUUUCUAUACACAGGGGGUAGAUGCUAAGCCCACCGAUGUAGCAUUACGAGAAGCGCUGCUAUGCAAUCGUGCGGCAUGCAAUCUGGAACUAAAUAACUAUGGGUCAGUUCUCCGCGAUUGUUCGGCGGCCAUCACAAUCAACCCUAAGUCGGCCAAAGCAUACUACCGCUCAGGUCUCGCAUUGAUGGCCUUGGAGAGGUUGGAUGAAGCUUUAGAUUGUUGCGACCGCUAUUUAGAAUUUGACAAAGACAACAUGGGCGUCGUAGCGCUGCGCGGAAAGGCGAGCACGAAGAAGAAAGAGAAGGAAACAAAAGAAAGAGAGCGCCUAGAACGGAUACGGAAAGAACAAGAAGAACAGAGGGCGUUGAAGGCGGCGUUCGCGGAGCGCAAUAUCAUUGAGGUACCCAAUCCUCAAGGCUCAGCCAACCCUUACGCUCCCCACUUCGAUCCAGAAGCCCCGACCAAAACGUCUUUGAUUAUCCCUAUCUUCUUCCUCUACCCACAACACGCCACCUCCGAUGUAAUCCAAGGAUACAUUGAAGACACACCCUUUUCCGCCCACCUAGCGGCGAUGUUUCCCCCGCAAGCACCCGCUCCUGAUUGGGACCGGAAUGGGGAAUAUGUAGACGGCCAGCUGGUGAUAUAUGCGAUCACGAGGGCGAAGAGGCUAUUGAAAGUGGGCAAAAAUAUGACACUGAGGUCAGUGUGUAGGGCGGCGAGAGCGAAGGAUGGAUCGCCCAAGGAUGGACUGGAGUUGAAGGAUGGGUGUCUAAGUUUCGUUGUGUUGGUGAAGGGGGAAGUGGAGGCCCAUUGGGUGGAGGAGUUCAAAAGAAGUCGAGAUUCAUAA